AACCCUAGUUACUGCGUCUUUUCCCUCUUCUUCCCCAGAGAGCACGUUGGUGCCUUGUUUCUCUCUCUCAAAGUUUUAUCUGUGAUCGUGUUGGCGAGAGAGAGGGUGAAUGGCUGGAGGGAAGGUGAAGAAGGAGAAGGGUAAGGCACAGCCGCAACACGCGCCUUACCAAGGCGGAAUAUCCUUCCACAAAUCAAAGGGUCAACACAUUCUGAAAAACCCGUUGCUGGUGGACGCCAUAGUGCAGAAAUCAGGCAUCAAAAGCACCGACAUCAUCCUUGAGAUAGGUCCCGGUACCGGAAACCUCACCAAGAAGCUUCUAGAAGCCGGCAAGAAGGUUAUCGCCGUCGAGAUUGAUCCUCGCAUGGUUCUCGAACUCCAAAGACGCUUUCAGGGUACCCCUCACUCCAACCGCCUCACGGUUAUCCAAGGUGAUGUGUUGAAGACUGAACUUCCUUAUUUUGACAUAUGUGUGGCAAACAUCCCAUACCAAAUAUCCUCUCCUCUCACAUUCAAAUUACUCAACCACCAGCCUACAUUCAGGGCUGCAAUCAUAAUGUUCCAGCGAGAAUUUGCCAUGAGACUGGUUGCUCAGCCAGGUGACAAGCUGUAUUGUCGUCUUUCGGUGAACACUCAACUCCAUGCUCGAGUCUUCCACCUCCUCAAAGUUGGAAGAAACAACUUCAGGCCUCCACCCAAGGUUGAUUCCUCUGUAGUACGAAUUGAGCCAAGGAAGCCCAGAAUUGAAGUUAAGCAGAAGGAGUGGGAUGGAUUUUUGCGUAUUUGUUUUAACAGGAAGAACAAAACACUUGGUUCAAUAUUUAGGCAAAAGAAUGUGAUCUCUUUGCUUGAAAAAAAUUACAGGACUGUGCAGGCACUGAAACUCUCCCAAGAAGAUUCGCUGAAGGAGAUGCACACUAAAAUGGACUUGUCUAAUUUUGGUGACAACCAAGGUAUGGAGAUGGAUGACGAGGGAGUAGAUGAUGAUGAUGAAAUGGAAGUUGAGGAUGGGGAAGCUGAUGAGGUGCAAUCUGAAUUCAAGGACAAGGUUAUGAGUGUUCUGAAAGAGGGAGAUUUUGAAGAGAAAAGGUCUUCCAAGCUCACCCUGCAGGAGUUCCUAUACCUGCUUUCUCUGUUUAACAAAGCUGGCAUACACUUCUCCUGAUUUCAGAUUAUCAUUUUUCUUUAUAGAUUUUUUUCUGUUUACAUCUAAAAUAUUCUUUCCAUGGAGUCUUGUCACUUUUUGAUCGUUUUUUAAGAGAGAGAGAGAUAUGUUGUAUGGACUGCUUUUAACUUGUUAUGCAUUGUAAUUUGUUGAGUUUCUUCAUAGAUGUAUGGCACUCUAUAUAAUCUAUAGCAAGUCAGAUUCAUUGAUGUUUUU